AUGCGGGACUACGACGAGGUGACGGCCUUCCUGGGCGAGUGGGGGCCCUUCCAGCGCCUCAUCUUCUUCCUGCUCAGCGCCAGCAUCAUCCCCAACGGCUUCAAUGGAAUGUCAGUCGUGUUUCUGGCCGCCACCCCGGAGCACCGCUGCCGGGUGCCCGACACCGCGAACCUGAGCAGCGCGUGGCGCAACCACAGUAUCCCGCUGCGGCUGCAGGACGGUCGCGAGGUGCCUCACAGCUGCCGGCGCUACCGGCUGGCGGCGAUCGCCAACUUCUCGGCACUGGGGCUGGAGCCGGGGCGCGAUGUGGAUCUGGAGCAACUGGAGCAGGAGAGCUGCCUGGAUGGCUGGGAGUUCAGUCAGGACAUCUACCUGUCCACCAUCGUGACUGAGUGGAGUCUAGUGUGUGAAGAUGACUGGAAGACGCCCCUCACCUCCUCCCUGUUCUUCCUGGGUGUGCUCUUUGGCUCCUUCGUGUCCGGGCAGCUAUCAGACAGGUUUGGCAGGAAGAACAUCCUCUUUGCGACCAUGGCUGUGCAAACUGGCUUCAGCUUCCUACAGAUUUUCUCCAUCAACUGGGAGAUGUUUACUGUGUUAUUUGUCAUCGUGGGCAUGGGACAGAUCUCCAACUAUGUGGUGGCCUUCAUUCUAGGAACUGAAAUUCUUGGCAAGUCAGUUCGUAUUAUAUUCUCUACGUUAGGAGUGUGCACAUUUUUUGCAGUUGGCUACAUGCUGCUGCCACUGUUUGCUUACUUCAUCAGAGACUGGCGGAUGCUGCUGCUGGCGCUGACGGUGCCGGGGGUGCUGUGCAUCCCCCUGUGGUGGUUUAUUCCUGAAUCUCCCCGGUGGUUGAUAUCCCAGAGAAGAUUUAUAGAGGCUGAAAAUAUCAUCCAAAAAGCUGCAAAAAUGAACAACAAAGCGGCCCCAGUGGUGAUUUUUGAUCCUAUGGAGCUACAGGAACUAAAACUCCCAAGCCAGCAGAAAGUUCUCAUUCUCAGCCUGUUCAGGACUCGGAACAUUGCCACAAUUACCAUUAUGUCUUUGAUGUUGUGGAUGCUUACCUCAGUGGGUUACUUUGCUCUGUCUCUCAACGCUCCUAAUUUACAUGGAGAUGCCUAUUUGAACUGUUUCCUCUCUGCCUUGAUUGAAGUUCCAGCCUACAUUACAGCCUGGCUCCUGUUGCAAACCCUGCCCAGACGCUAUAUCAUAGCUGGAGUACUGUUCUUGGGAGGAGGUGUGCUUCUCUUAAUUCAACUGGUACCUGAAGAUUACAACUUCUUGUCCAUUGGUCUGGCGAUGUUAGGAAAGUUCGGAAUUACCUCUGCUUUCUCCAUGCUGUAUGUCUUCACUGCAGAGCUUUACCCCACCCUGGUCAGGAAUAUGGCUGUGGGGGUUACAUCCAUGGCCUCCAGAGUGGGCAGCAUCAUUGCUCCCUACUUUGUUUACCUCGGUGCGUACAACAGAGUUCUGCCCUACAUCCUCAUGGGCAGCCUGACUGUCUUGAUUGGAAUCAUCACCCUCUUUCUCCCUGAAAGUUUUGGAGUAACUCUACCAGAGACCUUAGAGCAGAUGCAGAAAGUGAAAGGGUUCAGACUUAGGAAAAACACAAGAGAUUCAACGGAGAAAGAAGAAAAUCCCAAAGUUCUCAUAACUUCAUUCUGA